AUGAUAGCGGGGCCUCUGAACAGCAAGAACAGCAGCAGCAGCAACCAACCUGCAACAGCGACAGCAGCAGCAGCAGCAGCAGCAGCAGCAGCAGCAGCAACGACAGCAGCGUGGAAGAGACAGAGUCGCUGUCUUCUCCCCAGCAGCCUAAAGGGGCUUCUGCACAGGAGACGCCUCAGAGAACAGCAGCAGCCGCAACCAACCUGCAACAGCGACAGCAGCAGCAGCAGCAGCAGCAGCAGCAGCAGCAACGACAGCAGUGUGGAAGAGACAGAGUCGCUGUCUUCUCCCCAGCAGCCUAAAGGGGCUUCUGCACAGGAGACGCCUCAGCAGCAGCAGAAAGAGUCCGAGGAGAGUCCAGGUGUACAGCGGGAGUCGCAGCCAGCGCAGCAGCAAGAGCAGCAGCAGCAGCAGCAGCAGCAACAGCAACAGCAACAGAAAGAGCAGCAGCAGCAGGAGCAGCAGCAGCAGCAACGGCGGCGACACCAGGAGCUGGCGCUAGGCUGUUUGCAGUCAGGCCGAACUGAGCGCAGCCGCAGCAGCAGUCCAUACACCUUCCGGCCGAGGGAAGGGGGAGGAGCAGCAGCAGCAGCAGCAGCAGAAGCUUCGGCAGCAGCAGCAGCAGCAGAGCCAGCCUCAGAAGCAGCAAGUGACGCUGCAGCAGAUGACGAUGCAGGCAGCAGGCGGCAGCAGCAGCAGCAGCAGGAGGAGGAGGAGGAUGACGAUGAAGUUCCCGGCGACGGAGCGCCCAAGGCGGUGCUGCAGCGCCUCAGAGACAAACCCGGUCAGGAGCGGCAGCAGCAGCAGCAGCAGCAGCAGCAACAGCAGCAGCAACAGCAGCAGCUUGAGGAGCAGCAAGAGGGAAGCGAAGAGGGCCCCGAGACAGCAGAAGGGGGCCCCCCAGAGGCCCACAGGGAUCCAGCGUACAUACACCCCGCAGGCUACUACUGGCCUCAUAUGCCGCAUGCAGCAGCUGAGAACCCGGCGCAGCAGCGGCAGUGGCGGCAGCAGCAGCAGCUGUGGCAGCAGCAGCUGUGGCAGCAGCAGCCCUGGCAGCACCCCUACUGGCAGCAGCAGCAGCAAGAAGUGCUGCGCAGACACCAAUGGCAGCAGCAGCACCAGCAGCAGCAGCAGGACUCCGAGCAGCAGAGGCCGCUGGGUGCAGCAGCAGCAGCAUCGGGUACCCCUGAGGGGGGCUACGAGAACAGUCAGCAUGCAGCAGCAGCAGCAGCUGCUGCUGCUGCUGCUCACCGCCAGAUGCAGCACCACUUUUAUUUGCAGCAACUGCACUACUACCAGCAGCAGCAGCUUCGCAUGACAGGCCAGCUGCCGAGGGGCUCAGAAGACGCAGCAGCAGCAGCAGCAGCAGCAGCAGCAGCAACAGGUCUUUUGGGGUUUCCGCCGUUUCUCCCCUAUUGGAUGCUACACCCUGCCUUCGUACACAUGCACGGGGACCUGCCGCUGCUGCAGCAGCAGCAGCAGGAGUACUUGCGCACACAAGCCCACGAACAAGACCUGCAGCAGCGGCAGCAGCAGCAGCAGCAGCAGCAGCGCAGUGGCCGCAGGGGUGCGAAUGCCUUUGGGCAUCAGCAGGGCCACAGGGGAGGCCCGGGGCAGCAGCGGCCGCAUCUGUCUCCUGAGCGGGUCUCGGAAUCUCUAGCAGCUGCACCUCCUGCUGCUGCUUCUGCUGCUGCUGCUGCUGCUGCUGCUGCUGCUGCUGGCGCGGAUGGCUUUACAGCGCGAUCAGCCCCUGCAGCAGUCAGAACAGAAAUGAGGAGAGAGGCGGCUGUCUUCACCCCCAGCAGCAGCAGAUACCGCGCAGCUGUACACAGCAACUCGGAGGGGCUGCCAGACUCCCCUGCGCACUCGCAGCAGCAGCAGCAGCAGCAACAGCAGCAACAGCAGCAGCAGCAGCAGCAGGAACGACAGGUGCAAGCUGAAGGAGACACUGAAAAGGCAGAAACAGGCGCCCGUAGUGAGUCCUCCAAAUCCCCCAGCAUCCGCAGAAACAGAAGCCCGGACCUGCAGCAACAGCAGCAGCAGCAACAGCAGCAGCAGCAGCAGCAGCAGCAAGAUGAACAGCAACAGCAGCCUGAAGCGUGCACAGGGAAGACAGACUCCGCAGAGACACUUCCCGGAAACACGGAAGAGCAGAAGCAGCAGCAGCAACAGCAGCAGCAACAGGAGCAGCAGAAACGGGAGGAACAACAGCAGGAGGAGCAGCAGCACGAUAAACAGCAGGCGGGGCAGCAGAAGGAGCAUCCGGAACAAGAUGAACAGCAGCAACAGCAGCAGCAGCAGCGGCAAGGGCGCACCAAGAACAGCGACGGAGAAGGCGAGCAGGAGCAGCAGCAGCAGCGGCAGCAGCAGCAGCAGCAGCAGCGGCAAAGUGAAGACACAGGCGAACGAGAGAGGCGAACAACCCCCUCUCCGCCUACUCCAGGGACCCCACAGAAUGGGAGCCGCCGCGCGUAUGGGCAGCGAGAGCAGCAGCAGCAGCAGCAGCAGCAGCAGGAGCAGGAGCAGGAGCAGGAGCAAGAUGAACAGCAGCAACAGUGGUAUGCAGGCUCCUACGCGCAGCAGCAGCAGCUGCCACACCCCGCCGCUGCUCCGCAUCUGUACCCCCAUCUCUUCCAUCCCCGUAUGCUGCUGCAGCUGCAUCAGCAAGCAGCAGCAGCAGCAGCAGCAGCAGCAGCAGACCCGCAGAGCCCGAUGAACUACGUCCCCGGUAUGGUGCCUUCAGGGGCUGGCUGGCUGCCGGUGUCGCAGCCUGCUGGCUUUAUGCUGUAUCAGCAGCAGUUGCUGCAGCUGCAGCAGCAAGCUGCUGCUGCAGCAGAGCAGCAGACGAUGCAGUACCCUGCAGCUGGUGAGGAGAGGCGCAGUCCGCAGCAUCAGCAGCAGCAGCAGGGCCGCUGGCACCGGGGGAGCGGCGGGCAGCAGCAGCAGCAGCAACAGCAGCAGCAGCAGCAGCAGUGGGGCGGGCCUCCCUUCAUGGUGUGGGUGCCCGGGGUGGGCCUGACGCCGUGCGUCCCGGGGUAUAUGAGGGAGCAUCAGGAGCAGCUGCAGCAGCUGCAGCAGCUGCAGCAGCUGCAGCAGCAGGGGGGGGCAGAGCAGUGGAGCCCAGCAGAUGUUGCAGCAGCUGCGGCGGCGUGGGGCCAGCGCGGCUCUGUUCCGGCCUCUGGGGAGAACGCAGCAGCAGCAGCAGCAGCAGCAGCAGCAGCAGCAGCAGCAGACUUCGCAGCCUUCGGGUACCCUAGGUGGGACCGCGGGCGGAACCACCGGCGCAGCGAGAGAGAUGCAGAGUUCAGGAGCCACAGCGCGCUGCAGCAGCAGCAGCAGCAGCAGCAACAAGCGUAUGAACAGUAUAUGGCUGCUACUGGGGCUCUGGGCGCGUGGCAUUCGCAUUUUCUAUACGCGAGUCAGCAGCAGCAGCAGCAGCAGCAACAGCAGCAGCAGCAGAGUAGAAGAGCUUCAGGGCCCCAUGGGGAUGGGCGCCGCCUACGUGGGCUGCAGGAGCUGCAUCUGAGCAGCAUAGAAGCACAGCGGAUCCCUUCGCCCCCAAGCCAGCACCCUCAUCACCGCCAGCAACAGCAGCAGCAGCAGAGUAGAAGAGCUUCAGGGCCCCAUGGAGAUGGGCGCCGCCUCCGCGGGCUGCAGGAGCUGCACCUGAGCAGCAUAGAAGCACAGCGGAUCCCUUCGCCCCCAAGCCAGCACCCUCAUCACCGCCACUACUACCAGCAGCAGCAGCUGCUGCAGCAGCAACUGCAGCAGCAACACCAGCAGCUGCUCUAUGGGGCUUACGGCGCAUCCUCGCCAUACAUGAGCAACGCUGGGGCCCGGCGGCACGUGGAUGGGGCCGGGGCCUCUCCAGGGGCCUCGUCAGAAGAAGGCAGCAGCAGCGGCAGCAGCAGCAGCAGCAGCAGCAGCAGCAGGAGUGCAGCAGAUCGCAGUCCAGGCGGCGUUGCGGCAACAACACCGAAUACGCAGCAAAGGGGAGAUGGCCGUGCUGCAGAAGAGCAGCAAGAGCAGCAGCAGCAGCAGCAGGAACAACAGGAGGAAGGGCAGCAGCAGCUGCAGCUGCAGCAGCAAGGCAGCGGGGGCAGUAUUUCAUCGGAGCGAAGCAGCAUAGACAGCAGAGACGACGCCGCCGCUGCUGGUAUACAGGAGGGGGGUGGGGCCCGCAGCAGCAGCAGCAGCAGCGGCGCCUGGGCCCGUUCAGAGCAGCAGCAGCAGCUGCCGCCCCGCAAAGAAACAGCAGCAACGGCUACUCCCUCUACUGCUGCUGCUGCUGCUGCUGCUGCAAGACCUUUUGCGGGGACGCCGUGCUGCUCAGCAGCAGACGGAGAGGGAGGCAGAGGGCUCACGCGGGGCCGCUGCUUCAGCGACCUCGCCACCCACUGCCAGUACCCCCUCUCGCCUCAGGCAGCAGCAGCGGCAUCUGCUCAAGCCUCUCCUGCAGCAGCAGGCGCAGCAGCAGCAGCAGCAGUCAGGCAGCAGCAGCGGCAUCUGCUCAAGCCUCUCCUGCAGCAGCAGGCGCAGCAGCAGCAGCAGCAGCAGCAACAGCAGCGCAGGGAGGAUCUGCCGCAGCGGACUCGACAGCUGUGCCAGCUGCUGCUCCCGCGAGGUCGCGGCGCCGCGGGGCCGCUGGUUUUGAGUUCCUCAGCAGCAACAGCAGCAACAGCAGCAGCAGUUGCAGCAGCAGAAGCAGCUGACGCCUUGCUGCCGUCUGCGGGCCUCAGUGGCAAUGGGAGCAGCGGAGAGGAGGAUGGGGGCGGCGGCCGUUUGCGUGUCACCUGGAGGAUCCGCUCAGGAGACAGCAGCAGCAGCCCCAGCAGCAGCAACAGCAACAGCAACAGCAGCAGCAACAGCAGCAGCAGCAGCAACAGAAACCGCAGCAGCUGCUUGUCUCGGGGUGCAUUCAAUCUCAAGUCCUUCCUGGUGGCGACGACGCCGGCAGUUCAGGUGUCUCUACAGUCGGGCAGCUCUCUGUGCAGCAGCAGGAGCGCCAACAGCAGCAGCAGCAACAGCAGCGAUGGUGGCAGCAGCAGCAGCAGUGACAGCGGCAGCAGCAGCAGUAGCAACAGCAGCAGCAACAGCAACAACGCCAGCGGCAGCAGCGCCAGCAGGGAUUCGGGUUCGAUGCAAGCAGAGUCAGGCUGCGCGGAUGAUGCAUCUGCAGCAGCCUCAACACCAGCAGCAGCAGAAGCAUCCGCAGCAACAUCCCCCCCAGCAGCAGCAGCAACAGCAGCAACAGCAGCAACAGCAGCAGCAGCGGCAGCAGCAGCAGCAGGAUCUGUAUCAAGCGACAGCGACAAGAAGCUAAGCCGCGAGGGCUCUCUGAGUUUCCGCCUGAGCGACCUGUGGCUCUCCUUCGAUGACCCCAGCAUCUUCGGCCUGGAGGUCCCGCUGCUGGACGAGGAGCGGAGGCCCAUCUAUGUUGUCUACGUCCCCUACCUCUCCGCCUUGCACCUGUUCCCGCGUCGCAGCAGCAGCAGCAGCAGCAGCAGCAGCAGUGGCAGUGGCAGUGGCAGCAGCAGCAGUGGCAGUGGCAGCGGCAGCAGGGUGGUGCCAGGUGAGGGUUGUUCCCCGCGUAGCAGCGACAGUGCGAGCAUGGGUGGUAGCCCAGCCCAGGGGCCCCAAAGGGGGCCCCUGAGGGGGCCCCCAAGAGGGGGGGCCCCCGAGAGCGGGGGCUUUCGUUUUAUGGAGGUGCGGCUGCCGUACCAGCGGCGGCCGCUGUCGCAGCAGGUGACCCAGCUGCUGGAGGGGGUCGAGGUGGCGCAGACGCAGCAGCUCAAGCUGCUGCACUCAGACUCAAGAGAUCUAUCAGAUGACUCCUGGUUAUGCGUGUACUGGCAGGCGAUCCAGCGGGAGUUCUCUAAGGCGCCAGCCCCCUCCUUCUUGGUGUACUACCGCCUGCGGCUGACAUCGAAGCCGCAGCCGCCUCUCUCUUCAGCUGUCUGUACACUGCAGCAGCACAGCGCGGGGUCAUCGCCACACGCACACACAGAAACAGAACUUACACACACACGUGACACUCCAGCAACUGAACUGCAGCAGCAGCAGCAGCAGCAAGAGGAGCAGCAGCAGGAGGAGCAGCAGCAAGAGCAGCAGCAGCAGCAGGAGGAGCAGCAGCAGCAAGAGGAGCAGCAGCAGCAGGAGCAGCAGCCAGAAGAAGAGAAGUUUUUGGCUCUUGUUCGUUUCGCUGUGAUAGCUAGCAAAGGACACCAGGAGUGGAUUGCUGCAGGUAAAACAACACUCAACACAUUGCGGUGUAUCUGUAUUCAGGUGUAUAGGCAGCUCAUAUAA